CUAGGGUUAAUAGAGAAGGUAGAAACACGUGGUCAUGUGGGUGGGUGGGUCGAAACUUUCGAUCAUUCGGGUUUAAUACCACCGAAUCCGUCUUGCAUCUUUCUUGGGACUUGGUUACCCGGUCCCUUGUGCGUUGCUAACAUAUGUCGCUAUGUAACUUCAUAUGAUUUUCAACCUUCAAUAAGUUUCCUUUCUUGGAUUGGCGCUGCGCGAGAUUCU